AACCAAAUCAUAAACCACAAAGAGAAAAAGAAAAGACAAAACAAAGAAGAAAGAAUCGAUUUUGAUUGAAUGGAGGAAGCAUUAGCAUACCCCAGAAGCAGAAAGUUCAAUAGGGUAUGUGUCUUCUGCGGCAGCAACUCCGGCAACCGCCAAGUUUUCAGUGACGCCGCCAUUGAAUUGGCCGAUGAACUGGUUAAGAGGAAGAUAGAUUUGGUGUAUGGUGGAGGAAGUGUUGGACUGAUGGGGUUGAUUUCUCAGAAAAUGUAUAAUGGUGGCUGCAAUGUUCUAGGGGUUAUUCCAAAAGCUCUUAUGCCUCAUGAGAUAUCUGGCGAAACAGUCGGUGAAGUGAGAAUUGUUUCGGAUAUGCAUGAGCGGAAAGCUGCAAUGGCUCAAGAAGCUGAUGCUUUUAUUGCACUUCCUGGAGGAUACGGAACUAUGGAAGAGCUUUUGGAGAUGAUAACUUGGGCACAACUUGGAAUUCAUAAAAAACCAGUUGGCCUACUGAAUGUUGAUGGCUACUAUAACUUUUUGCUUGCUCUAUUUGACAAUGGUGUUGAAGAAGGCUUCAUUAAGCCCGGUGCUCGGAAUAUAGUCGUCUCAGCUUCAUCCGCCAAAGAGCUUAUGAUGGAGAUGGAGAGCUACUCUCCAUCCCAUGAGCAUGUAGCCCCUCAUGAGAGCUGGCAGAUGAAGCAAUUAGGUAAUUAUCCAGGACAAGAAAAUGCAGAAUGAAUGAAAAAUUUAUUGGAGGAUGGUUUUUCUAAAAUUGGUUUUCUGAUGUGACUCUCCAUAACUUGAAAAUGUAUACAAAAAUUCCUAUAGAUGGGGCCAAACAUUGUUUUGUUACUAUGUGUUGAUUUUUAUGAAGUGAUGGUAUAUGUGCUUUGCUGUUUCUUUGUCAUUUCA